AUGACAGACACACCUGAUAAUGCCCGAAUUACUACCAUGGUUGAAGAUGUUUUUGCAAUAACAUUAAACCCAGAAAAAUUUGUGGACUGUGAACAAAAACCAGAUUAUAUUCAAAUGAUUUAUCUAGAAGAACUAGCAGAAAGUUUGAAACCGCAAAAACACAUUGACAUUGAGACUUUAGAACAAGCUCUUUUUGAAAGGUUGAUGCUAACAAAUAUCACAGAAUUUGUGUUACCAAAAUCGAGUUUUGUUUUAGAUGUUAUAGCUGCCCUAGAUAAGCAAGAUAAUGGUUUUGAAAUAUUGAAGGGAGCAUUUACACCAAUUCUCAUUCAUGUGCAUAGAAUGAUUGCUGGAGCCAACUUGAUAAACUUGGAAUAUUGGACAUACACAUUUGUUCUAACAUUUGCCUCUCAUAUUUCUUUAGCUAAAGUUCUUUUAGAAUAUGCAACUCCGAAAUCCAAUGAUGGUAGAGCUUAUGCAGAAACAAUAUUUGGAUCAUUUUUGUCCUUAUCAAUUUUGCCCAAAAGUCCUUUUGCUCCAUAUGAAUAUUUUGAAAAUCCACUAGAAAUGCAAAUUCGAAAUCCAAUGGAAGGAACACUGUGGUCAGCAUUGGAGAAUCUAGGUGAUCAAAUGCAUGGAAUAUUUUUAAAAUUACUAAGAUUAGGCGGUGAAAUAAGAUCAAAAACUUUGGAUUGGUUAGGUGCUUGUUUACAUAGUAACAACAGUAGGGGACAAUAUGGAGCACACAGAUGCUUUUAUAUGCUUCAUACAUUUGCAAUUCGAGACACUGCAGUUUUAAGCCUUAAAAUAAUGGAUAUUGAUCCAACAUUAGGAACUUAUGUUAGUGAUGCAUUUAUGUUGAACAUGGGUGCAGUGAUGUUGAGAAUGUGUCGCCCUUUUUAA